AUGCAUUAUCUGGAGAGAAAUGUGAAUGCUCGAUUCCGAUGUUUGCUUGACAACACAUGCGGAUUUUUGAGGAUCGAUAUCCGCGGUAAGCUGAUGUCGCUUCAUGGUUUACCGCAAUCGUAUGUAAUCGGACGUUCCGAUACAAACUCCUCAGGCAAUACAGUGCUGGGUCUUGUGGCUAUUUGCAGCCCAUUUGUGCCACCGAAUGUCAUUGAUCAACCAAGUGAGGAUCCUAUACUCAAAACCAAGCAUUCGUUAGAUUUUACGCUCAUUUCUAUGGAUAAUCGUGUCAGGUCGAUGCUUGAACUCGACGAUAAGCAUCUACCGAUGAGUUUCUACAGUCUUGUGCAUGUUGGUGACGCACUCUGCUUAGCUGAAGCUCAUAAAGAAGUGGUAAAGAACAGUGCGAGUGGUCUUUUGAUCUAUCGUCUUAUCAGUGUACGCUCGAAACGAAUCUACUGGAUUCAGAGUAGUUGUCGUAUGUUCUACAAAAACGGUAAACCGGAAUCCAUUGGUCUUACACAUCGACUUCUGACCGAGGUGGAAGGUACAAUGCUACUCGAGAAACGCGCAUCACUGAAGGCUAAAUUGCUCUCAUUCGACGAUUCCCUUCUGCAAUCACCACGGAAUCUGCAGUCUACAGCCGCAUUGCCUUCUUCUUCAUCUACAGUAGCUGUAGCAGCUCUCCCGGUAAUGCCGCAACCAAAUACGCUCACCGGUCUAGCCAUGAAACUGGCCAAUAGCGACACAUCAUCUACAGUAUCCUCAGCGUCCAGUGCAAUUCCAGCUUAUAUAGCGCAAAAUCCAUCAUCAAGUGAUUCGGCACCACCCGUUUUAAUGCGUCCCUCGGCGCUGCCCACCGCCCGGAAUACGGCGGUCGCUACACGUGCUACAACCUCGUCGAAUCGGGGUCGUAAAAAGAAACAACGUCAUGCAGCAGCAGUAGCAGCAGAUCAACACCCCUCUCAACACCAUCAACCCUCGACACCAGCAACGGUGCAUCGUCCCACACUCCCUUUCAGUGCUCAGCAACUGCCAUUCGGUAUUUUAACACACGAGCAACAAGCAGAAUCAAUCCUAACAGAUGCCAGUCAUCAGCCCAACUUAUUAGAUUAUUACCAGCAACAGCAACAACAUCAUCACCAGCAAGCUCAACAGCAGAUCAUUUCAUCAGAUGAGCAUCAACAGCAUCUGAUCGCUGCUGCGGCUGCGUAUGUUGGUGCCAAUAAUAUGACCUCAGGCUCAGCACCUCACUCCAUUGAUCCUCAACUCACAGCGCUCACUUCUCACGCUAAUCCCCCCACCAGUACAUCGGCCAUUCACGGCUUAUUGCAUCUACCUCAGGAUUUUACGACCAAUUUCCCGGCAUUAUCUGCAUAUCUGUCUCCUGAUGGCAUGAACGCGGCUGCGGUGCCUUCGGAUGCAACGAAUCCCUCGUAUUGGUCACCGAAUAAGCCACCGACCUAUUGGCCGACACCAUCUGAUUUGUAUUAUCAGAACUAUCCGGGCGCUGCUGCUGCUGCUAACAGUGAGUUAAUACAUAGCGUUCGAUGUGACUGA